AAAAAAAGAACUGCGGCCCCAUUGGCCUGACUCUUCUGAACAGCCUAGCUGUCUCCGACCAGUUACGGAGGAGGCGGCCUUGAGAGGGUAGUGCCCAUUGGCUCGAUGUCCUGCCCUUCCGAAACCUAAGUCUUUAGCUUCCAAUCAGGACUCAGCUUUGGGAAGAGCGCCACGCGGUGGGCGAGAGGAUGCCCAGUAAAUCCGCAGGUCUUUUGACUUUUCCGCCUUUGUUUACAACCCCGUUGUGAUCUCACUGUUGAAAAAGCGAGGGCUAGAGAACAGGCAUUCAAAUAUCCUGUGCUCCAGUCACAGCCUUUUCUAUUCUUCCGCUAGGAGACACCAAACCCUGGGGAAGAUUUACUAUAGCUAAGAGAAAACUGAAGCAGAAAGGGCGCGGAUACCUACUUCUUAAAUUCCGUUUGUGGACCCUCAGACUCUUAGUUCCCUACUCCCAGAUACAGCGGCCCUACCGUGGCUCCUGGCAAGGUGUCACCCACUUUUGUAGUGUAAGAAUGGGGGCGGGGUUUGGCUGGGCAGGUCCAGGAUACGAGAUCCUGGAAGAAAGAAAAGGUGUUGUGUUUGGGGCGGUCAACGGGCUACGCUGGCUUGACAGGGCUGGACUCUUCAGAACAGAAGCAUGGAUCUCGGUAUCCCUGACCUGCUGGACGCGUGGCUGGAGCCCCCAGAGGAUAUCUUCUCGACAGGAUCCGUCCUGGAGCUGGGACUCCACUGCCCCCCUCCAGAGGUUCCGGUGACUAGGCUACAGGAACAGGGACUGCAAGGCUGGAAGUCCGGUGGGGACCAUGGCUGUGGCCUUCAAGAGAGUGAGCCUGAAGAUUUCUUGAAGCUUUUCAUUGAUCCCAAUGAGGUGUACUGCUCAGAAGCAUCUCCUGGCAAUGACAGUGGCACCUCUGAGGACCCCUGCCGUCCAGACAGUCCCCCUGCCCCCAGGGCAACCAGUUCUCCUACGCUCUAUGAAGUUGUCUAUGAGGCAGGGGCCCUGGAGAGGAUGCAGGGGGAAACUGGGCCAACUGUAGGCCUCAUCUCCAUCCAGCUAGAUCAGUGGAGCCCAGCAUUUAUGGUACCUGAUUCCUGCAUGGUCAGUGAGCUGCCCUUUGAUGCUCAUGCCCACAUCUUGCCCAGAACAGGCACCUUAGCCCCAGUGCCUUGUACAACCCUGCUGCCCUGUCAAACCCUGUUCCUGACGGAUGAGGAGAAGCGUCUGCUGGGGCAGGAAGGGGUUUCUCUGCCCUCUCACCUGCCCCUCACCAAGGCAGAGGAGAGGGUCCUCAAGAAGGUCAGGAGGAAAAUCCGUAACAAGCAGUCAGCUCAGGACAGUCGGCGGCGGAAGAAGGAGUACAUUGAUGGGCUGGAGAGCAGGGUGGCAGCCUGUUCUGCACAGAACCAAGAAUUACAGAAAAAAGUCCAGGAGCUGGAGAGGCACAAUAUCUCCUUGGUAGCUCAGCUCCGCCAGCUGCAGACGCUAAUUGCUCAAACUUCCAACAAAGCCGCCCAGACCAGCACUUGUGUUCUGAUUCUUCUUUUUUCCCUGGCUCUCAUCAUCCUGCCCAGCUUCAGUCCAUUCCAGGGUCGACCAGAAGCUGGGCCUGAGGAUUACCAGCCUCACGGAGUGACUUCCAGAAAUAUCCUGACCCACAAGGACAUAACAGAAAAUCUGGAGACCCAAGUGGUAGAGUCCAGACUGAGGGAGCCACCUGGAGCCAAGGAUGCAAAUGACUCAACAAGGACACUGCUUGAGAAGAUGGGAGGGAAGCCAAGACCCAGUGGGCGCAUCGGGACCGUGCUGCAUGCAGAUGAGAUGUGAGCUGGAACAGACCUUCCUGGCCCACUUGCUGAUCACAAGAAGGAAUCCUGGGCUUCCUUACGGCUUUGCUUCCCACUGGGAUUCCUACUUAGGUGUCUGCCCUCAGGAGUCCAAAUCACUUCAGGACACCCCAAGAGAUGUCCUUUAGUCUCUCUCUGCCUGAGGCCCAGUCUGCAUUUGUUUGCAUAUAUGAAAGGGUACCUCAAAUACUUUUGUUAUGUAUCUAUGAUUUUAUUUCUUCUUUGGGGAUAGGGUUGAGGGGAAAUAA